AGUCAAUUGCCCACCUUUACUCCUACUCAUUUCCAUCCCAAAGUCAAUCGAAACCACGUGCUUCAUAGUUGUAAUAUUUUCAGGAAAAUUUCACUGAUUAAAUAGCUAAAAUUAGCCACAAAAAGGCUGUCAGAAACCUUUUUAGCUGUUAAUGUUUCAGCAAACGAGACGUUGAAUAAUUAUUGGUGAACGUUUUUAUUUUGCGUUCUGGUGCUUGUUUGGUCAUGUGAAAUAGCAAGUAAUUUUCCUGUGCGGUGUUCAGUUUCUAGGCCUUAAUGUUGUGAAUAAUUUAAAGACCAUAUUUGAGAAAUUAGCGAAUGAUUGCCGCUCCUUCAGAUCAAUUUUUAAUGAACGCCGUUAGUUUCCAUCUUUUGAAUUUGUAUCAUAUCAAAAUUUACUCUUAUUUAUGGCAUCAUUUAGCUCCGUCAAACUUCCAUACGUGCUUUGAACAAACUUAAUUCACUUUGACGAAACUUCAGUUUUUUUUGUAAAUACUUCAGGUGGCUUUUGUCAUUUCUCAACUAUAAAACAGCGUAUUACAAUAAUCGUAUAAUAACUGUUACCUGUUACCGUUUUGUUCUCGUCAGCAUCUCAUUUCACGCAGCUGAACUCGCACAGACGUCAGCUAAUUAGAAAUAUUACCAUUUUCUAUUCCUAUUUUCCCCCUUGCAAGACUAAGGUACCUUAAAUAUCGCUCUGAUUUCAUUAUUACCCAAAUAAAACAUCAAAUAUUACCCAAAUAAAACAUCAGUUUGUAGACAAAACAAAACAUGUCGGAUUUCUUCAGCGUUGUCCAAAAUGCAAGGAGACAGGUAGAGGAGGAGCGACAGUCGAUAGUGCGAGGGGGAGGGAACAGACGGCACCACCAUCCCUGCCCCAAAGUAGAUCCCAACGGGGGCAAGACUGUGUUCGAGUACAUGCGGGAUGCAGACGAGACCUCCGUCAGCUUCAGAGACCUCCUCUCAAAGGUCCUCUGUGCUAUAGUGCUGUCCUGGCCAUUCCUCAUUUUCCACGCGUUCCUGCUCACACUGCCAGUUGCCAUGAUCGCCAUUGGAGGCUCCAGCUACAAUCAAUGCACUGCGGAGGAACUACUGCCUCUGUGGCUUAUAGUAUUCGGCAUAGUGGCACUGUUCUGCCUGGUGAUACAGCUGCGAAACAUCAGUGGCUUACGUCACAACUCCAAUGAUGACAACGACAGCGACAGCACCUCCAGUUCCAUGCGCGUCACGGGAAGCGAGGACGAGAGCCAAGAGAACAUGCAGGGCGCCAAAUAUUUCAACAUGUUCAUGCUCGUGUUCCUCCUCGGGUGGUUUGCAUGGGGCAACUACUUAGUGUUCAGAAUAUACCCCCCUCAUUACGGAAUGCCGAGCCAGCCCCCCUUUGAAUACUGCACCCACACUCUCUACCUGUUUUCGCUAGUCCUGGUCCUUUCAAUUCACUGCUUUCUAAUCCUGUUUGGUCUCGUGGUGUUUAUCGUGGCCUGUGUGUGGCACAGAAAGAGCAGUCAGUAUGACGAUCUCAAUGGCCGCUGAUCAUUUUUAAAAAAGAAGAUCUUUUUUAAGAAUAGAGCCGCGAAAGAGUGAUUUCUUGUCAUAUAUGAGUCAUGCGAUUGUGUCAUAAUUUGAUCUCAUUCAUUUCAUUAAACAUACAAUACAUUUGAGU